AUAGCGCGAACGUGCCGCUGCCGUCGUCGCCGCCGUCGCUGCCGCCGUGCGCGUUUCGCGUCGUGUGCCGCCGACGCGGACUGUUGUACACGAGAGACUCAGUAGCGGUGCGUGCCGGCGGGUUGGGCGUCUCUCUCUCACACACUCAAUCUAACACUCUCUCUCUAUCACUCUCCCGGCGGUCCCGCACAGUCGUAUUAUCAUCAGCACCGCCGUCGUUAUUAUUAUUAUUAUACCAUUGCGGUUAUUUAUUAUUAAUAUUAUAUUGCGCGCGCGUUUGGCAGUGUGUGCGUGGGUGUGUGCGUAUUGCGGCGCGGAAGACAGUGUGAUCAGUACGGGCGCACCACCGCGGCCGAUACAUAAUGUGAUAUAUUAUUUAUAGAAAUAUAAUAUUAUCGUUGUCGUCUCCGCCACCGCCGCCGUUUAAUAUUUAUCAUCGUUUUUAAUGGUCCGCGCCGCAAAAGCCGCGCGACCGACUCGUCUUGGUCGUACUUGCGUGUCGUAGGCGUCGUCGUGCGUUAUUAGUGUAAUAAGCGGCGGAUCGUAUAAUACCAUAUCUUUACUGCCGUUUAUUGUUAUUAUUAUUAUAACAAAUUUAUAAAUUUAAUUUUUUGAACGUUUCGUUUCGGGUUGCGCAGUACAGGACAUCAUCAUUAUAAUAUUAUUAUGUCGCGUGCCGUUCACACCGUGCAUCACACGAGACAAUCGCCACCGCUGCCUCUGCCGUCGCCGUCGUUUUUGUGCAGUCGACCGCCGCUACCGGCGUCGUCGUCGUCGUAGGAGAGCAACGCACCACGGCCGUAAAUUUUGCAAUAGCCGCCGCUCCCCUGUUACCCCCGGACGAGACGUAGAAUGGGGGAUGACGGUGGAGGUUGGUGACCAGAACAGUCGCAGGGGUUGGACAUGGGCAAUAAACUGAGCUCCUGCGGACCUCUAAUCAAAAAAUCAUACAGAUACGAUGACGUUGCCGGACCAUUUCAAAGCUCAUCGAGAAGAAGAGAUGGUCAUCUUCUUAGAUUAUGGGCUGAAGUAUUUCAUGUGAGUGCUAAAGGAGAAGAAAUAAAAUGGCAACAAAUAUCCGAAGAUCUCGUUCCUGUAAACAUUACGUGCUUACAAGAUGGACCAGAGUAUAUAUUCCACAUCACUGCUUACAACAGUCAAGUGGAAAAAAUUAUGGAUAUUCGCCUGGUUCAACCAGGUACAAAAAUAGGAUUAGCUUCAGAAUGUUUUGCGUACUGGAAAGAACCACAUAGCAAUGACACUUGGGGCCUAAAUUUCACAUCCCCAAUAGAUGCUAAACAAUUUAAAGAAUGUUGCACUCCAACUGUGAAAUUGUCUCGGAAAUCAUCUUCAUCGUAUUCUUUAAAAUUAGAUACGUCGAAAAGGCAAAGUACGAAAGUGAGAAAAAAACCGCUAUCGACACCAACUUCACCUAGUAGAUCAAGGGAGCCACAAUGUACUUGCAUGACAGCUGAUCAAUUUAAUAGACUCAGGGCACAAGAUCCAAGAUACAAUAAAGAAAGAUCUUCUACGUUACCGCGUUCUCAUACUCGACAACUUUCACUUGGAGAUGGACCUUUGGAAGCUGAUAAGUCAACAGUACCUGAAGAUACAUCCAAACAGACCAUAUCCCGAAGCUCAAAUACGAGAGACAGAGAAACUGCCACGCCCGGUGGAAAACUAAACAUUACCGGAACUGGGUCACAAACAGAACAGGGUCAACAAGAAAGUUGUAAAAGUGAAGGAGUGCAAACAAUCGGUGCUAAGACUACGUCUACCACAGGCACAUGCACUCCAAGAAUGCCCUCCAAGGACUAUUCAGAAGGGUAUGUGGAGUCAGAUUUAUUUAAAUCAUCAACAGCUUCAAAAAAUUCAAGAAAUCAAAACAAAACAUAUAGAGAUGAUUAUCGAUAUAGAGAUAAUGUGGGAUUAAUGAAACGUACAUUAAAACCAAUGCCAUCUUUAGAAAGUCCUGUUACUUCACCAGAAAUGAAUCGAAGACGUGGUUAUAGUUAUUAUACUCAGCCAUCAUCAAUGUCUACAAUGAUAUCUCCUAUGCCACAAUGUCCAAGACAACAAUCAACAUCAGAGUCAGAGUCUAAUGUAAAACAUAGAAAUUCACGAUUUAAUAACUCAGGUUCCCGCUCAUCUUAUGAUAUAGGUCGAAAUGGUCAAGUAAGGGAUCCAAGAGGUCUUUAUUUGGAGUUGGAUAGAAAUGGACGGCCUACUCAAGGUGGAGACGUUUCACCACUCUCUGAUAACGUUAUGUUUGAUAACCAGUGUUAUGGAACAACACCUAGCUCGAGCAAUGGUAAUUCCGACCAGGAACAGAGUAACAAUAAGGGCAUAUCAGGACGUUAUCAAAAACAUGAUAAUCAAACAACAAGUACUCCUGGUUCACCAACUAGUCGACUUUUACUCGAGUAUGAAAUGCACUUACGAAAUACUUUAGCGCGUGGUAUGGAUGCUGAGAGUUAUAGUUUGCACACAUUUGAAGCACUGCUAACACAGAGUAUGGAAAAUUUAGAGAUGGCAGAAAAGUUGCCCCCAUUAAACUCAAGAAGUCCGUAUCCUAUAAGAAGGCGACCGAUGAGUGCUGGAGGGAGCUUUAAUAGAUCAUCUACACUUCCACAUAGAAUCGAAAGAUCAUCCAGUGCUACAAGAGAGGGUUAUUAUAGUGAUAGACAAGAUGCAGCUAGAGAAAGAGACAGAGAACGAGGUUACUUAUCUGAUCAUGCACCUUCUAGCAAUAAUAGAUGUGCCAACUGUUGGAACGAAUCUGCUCGAGCUCAAUGGUUUAGACAUAGUGAUGGUUGGCGGUGCGGAUCUUCAACCAUGGGAAGUAAUGCAUCAAAUACUGGUGUUCCGUACGGUUCUUUUGACGGACACCAUGCUCAUCAUCACGGUCCACCAACAAGGGCUAACAAAAGAUCGGCUUGGGAAUCUUUACCAUCACUUCGUCAUGAAAAUAGUCUUAUGACAGAUAAUGAAUACAAAUCUAAUAGGAAUGAAUUCGAACAAAGAAUGUUCGAACGACAAGAUAGUGCCAGGAUGGAUUAUAUGGCUGAAAGAGAGGCUAGACAUAGUUUUAGUGGAAUUACACAGCAGACUUCUGUUGAAAGCACAGAUUCUCGUCUAUGCUACCUUACAUCAUCAGAAAUAUCAGACGAUGAUCGUAUGUCUUUGACAACCGCUAUCAGCGACGAAGACGAUGCAGAAAGCACUCAAAAUUCACCAUACCGGGGUAAACAAACAGGGACAGCAGCUGCCUCGUUUAAUUGCACGGGAGCUGUCAGAAAAGCAGGGUUUUUGAGUGUAAAGAAAUGGUUGUUACGGAAAAAGCACCAAAUUGAACUUGCUAGAAAAAGAGGCUGGAAAGGAUAUUGGGUGUGUCUUAAAGGUACUACAUUACUAUUUUAUCCAUGCGAUUCUAGAGAAGGCCGAAGUGUAGAGGCAGCUCCAAAACACCUUAUAAUUGUUGAUGGAGCAAUCAUGCAACCUAUUCCAGAACACCCGAAGAGAGAUUAUAUUUUUUGUUUAAGUACAGCAUUUGGAGACGCCUAUUUAUUUCAGGCACCUUGUCAAGUAGAAUUGGAAAAUUGGGUGAACAGUAUACAUUCUGCAUGUGGGGCAGCAUUUGCCAGGCAUAGAGGGAAAAUAGGAACACUUCAUUUAUUACAAGAAGAAAUUUACAGAAUUGAAAAACAAGUGGAUGCGGAUCAAAAACUCAAACACAUGGCUGAAGUAGAAGUAGAAAUGCUAACAGAUCCAGAUACUAAAGAACAAAUAAAAAAGCAAAUUUUAGCAUGGGAAGAGAAUUUAGAGAGACUUCAUUGUGAACAAUUUCGGCUCAAGUGUUAUAUGGCUAGUUUACAAAAUGGUGAACUUCCAAACCCCAAGAUUCUUUUAACGCGUGUAUCCAGAGCCACAAAAAUCACAUUAAACAAAUUAGGAGUGUUUACUGUAUCUUCGUUACAUGCAUUUAUAUGCGCUCGGUCUCCGUCAUUGCUCAACAAUCUUUUGGCAGGACGUGGUGCAACCAAAAGAAAAGCUCCAGUUUUAUCUCGUUCAAAUAGUAGUUCAGGUAGAAGAUCAUUACAAUCGUCAACAUCAAGAGAUGACCCCGAAAAGACUGUGAAAGUGUCCUUACCUGAUAAUCAAUCGGUACAAAUACAUUUGCGAGAGGGCAUGACGGUUGAUGAAUAUUUAGCAUUAUCUUGUUCAAAAAAAGGACUUAACCCCAUGGAGCACUUUGUCAGGGUAAAAAAGAGAAGGGAUAUGGAAGAUCAUAAUUAUUUUGUUCCUCACCGGACUGAUAGUAUUGAAACUUAUUUACAUACUCACGAAGUAGUUGAAGUUCGUGCCAAGAUCCUUUAUCAAGUAGAACUUGAAAGAAAUACAUUAGAUCAUAUGUGGGGAUUUUCCGUAGAAGCAGAAUUAAUUGAAAAUGCUGAAAGACAAGAUGAACUUUGUUGUUAUGUUAGUCGAGUUGAAGAUAAAGGAAUUGCUAUUCAAAAUGGUUUAAUUAAAGGCGAUGAAAUUAUGGUGAUUAAUAGUGCAAUAGUAAGUGAUUUAGAUAUGAUGUACUUGGAAUCGGCUCUUCAAGAAGAACUUUCUCUAAGUAUGAUGAUGAGAUCAUCCAGAACAGAACCUCCUCAAUUACCUACAGGCUCAAGAAUUAUAUCAAAGACUACUGAUGAUAUAAUUCAAUCAUUAGUAUGUCCUCCACCGCCUACAGAUCCACCAGUGAUCUCAGAAGAAAUGAUAUCUGGAUUAAUCGUACCUGCUCCAGGGUGGAAUAGGGAAGGUAUUUAUGAAUUAGAAACUAAUAACAUGACACAAGAUUCAAAACUUGCUUCUAGAGGAAAUUCUUUUGAAAUAGAAAAUUUAAUUAAGAGUGCUGGUGAAGUAACUGGAUUUUGUAGAUCUCCAGAACCAGCAAGAAGAAUUAGCCCAACCGUAAUUUCUGCAAUACAAAAUCCUCAAAUAACUAUUGGUCGUCAGUUAACGGAUGCUGAAAAACUUAGAAAAGUCAUUUCUGAACUUGUAGAUACUGAAAAAUCAUAUAUUAAGCACUUAAAUAAUCUACUGGAGAAUUAUUUAGAACCACUUAAACAAGAAACAUUUUUAUCUGGAGCAGAAAUAGCUGUUUUGUUUGGUAAUAUCCAAGAAAUUGUUCAGUUUCAACACCAAUUCUUACAAAAUUUAGAAGAAGCCGUGUGCCAAGAACCUAACUUCCAUAAAUUUGAUCAACCAGAACAAUUCAAAAAUAUACUUUUUUCAAUUGGAAGCGCCUUUUUAUAUUAUGUCAAUCAUUUCAAAUUGUACAGUUCAUUCUGUGCAAGUCAUUCAAAAGCUCAAAAAAUACUUAAUCCCAAUGAAGGCAAUCAAGCUUUACAAGAAUUUCUAUGCUCCCGAAAUCCUCGGCAACAACAUUCUUGUUCUUUAGAAUCUUAUUUAAUUAAACCUAUUCAAAGGAUAUUAAAAUAUCCACUACUACUGCAACAAUUAAGGAAUCUUACUGAUCCUCAUUCAGAUCAACAUCUUCACCUCGUUGAAGCACUAAAGGGAAUGGAAAAUGUUGCUGAACAUAUUAAUGAAAUGCAAAGGAUACACGAAGAAUAUGGAGCAAUCUUUGAUCAUUUAUUCAGACAACAUCAAAAAUCUUGUAAACAAUCUAUUGAUUUGUCUCCGGGUGAUUUACUGUACUAUGGAGGAGUUGAAUGGUUGAAUAUAUCUGAUUUUCUUGGGAAAAUAAAAAAAGGUCUAGAACUACAUGCAAUGUGUUUUGUGUUCAAAUCAGCAGUAGUUUUUUUGUGUAAAGAACGUUUAAGACAAAAAAAGAAAUUAAUGAGUGUAUCUGGUAAAAGUGAAAUGGAAAUAAUUAGAUAUCAAGUUUUAAUACCAGUAACUGAAGUACAAGUUAGAGCAAGUUCUGCUAAAGAUAUGGAGACACAUUUCUUAUGGGAACUAAUCCAUUUACGUAGUCAAUCGCACAGAAGGGCAGAAAAGAUUUAUGUCCUUUCCAAUAGUACUGCCGAAUUCAGAAAUGCAUUCUUAAAAACUAUACGCCAAAUUAUUCGCGAAAGUGUACGAAACAUGAACAUUCCUACUGCCAAACCUUCUACUAAUUCCCCUGCUCAACUAGUAAGCAAUACUGCAACAUUAGGAAGACAAACAAUUAAUACUGGAGGUUUACAACUAACAUCAGAAGAUCAUAAAACGCCUGAUAUUUCAAACUUAGCACAAGGAUCACAAACACUUGGAAAACCUAAAAAAAUACCUCCAAAACCACCUCAAAGACAUUCUUCGGGGAGCACAUUGUCUAAAGUAGAGUUAAGAAAUCAAGGAACAUCGUCAACUGAUUCUACAACGGAUACUGCAGGGACUCAAACAAUUUUGCCCAACUAUAGAUCGAGAAAUAGAGAAGAACGAAAAGUAGACGAACAAAAAUCCGAAGGUGAAGACGAUAGCAAUAGUCAACCUGGACCAUCUAAAGGAUUUCCAAUGCAUGGUAGUUUGGGAAAAACACCUAACUACUUAAUGCUUAGUACCACAUCUACAUUAUCAGCAAGUAGUACUGGAAGCCAAGCAGCCAGACUGGUGGAAAGAUCACAACAACCAGAAAAUUAUCAACCACCUCAGGUGCAGGACCUCGGUUCUCCAGUGUGGAAGCCCAGAGAAUUGGGAGAAUCGUCAACUUUACCACGAAAAAAAAGAUCGAAUCAGGAGCAGUUUGAAACAAGGACAAUGGUGAGAAAAGGAGAAAAGAAAGAUAAAAAAUAAAUAAAAACGCGGGACAAUCAUUCAUAAAACAAAAAAUGUUCAUGCAUAAAAAUACCCAAUUAAUAAGGAACGUGAUAGCUCUCAUCGACUCUUAGGAGUUGUUUUUAAAAAUCUAAUUGGGGAUUUCUAUGAGGUCCUUGUUACCAAUGGUAUGGAAAGGAUCUGCCGGCUGAGGGUCGAAGAAAUUAUGUUUAUGAUCAAGUUAGAUUAUUUCUUAAAUUCUCAUUACCUUAUUGGUAUGUUCCUACUUUAUUUAUUAAAUAAAAUUAGAAUUUAUUACAGUCUUUUGUUUCGUGUAAAUAAUAAUUAAAACGAAACUGA